ACCAUUGCAAGAAGAUAUUGACCAAAAAGAAGGCAACAACAGGUAGGAAUUCCUGGACUCGAAUCUGCUUGUUUCGAUUCGUCGGUGAUGUCGGAAGAUUUCGAGAUGGGGAUGCGUGGUGAGAACUGGUGGAAUCCGCCAAGAGAUUACGUGCUCCUCUCAUCAUCCCCGUGUUCGAUGAGAGAGCCAAAUGAUAUCGAGGGCAGAAGUUUCAGCAACUGUUCGGCGGAUAUGAUGGAGAUCAUCAAGAUUGGAAGGUGUAGUAAGGAACUGAAUGAUGAUGAUAGAUCCAUAGCUUUCCAAGAUGAUUUCAUGCAAACAGCUCAUCAAAUAGAUUGUAUGAUGGACUCCACAAGCUUGCAUAUGAUGGGGUUUGAUCUUUUUUCUGCAUCAUCUGAUUGGAACCUUACUGCACUGCAAUCCAGUGGAAUUGAUGAAAGCAGUACCGUUAAUUCCAAGCUGCAAGAAGAAGACAUGGCGAGUUCAACAUUAGACUACAACAACAAUCAAGAAAAGGAGGUGAUGAUUGAUGAUUCUUCACAUCAAAUUCAGACUGAUUACUGGCGGAAGAGUCAUUGUGCACCCACUUGUCAUGUUAUGUCUACCGAUGGGUCAUUCACUUCUUAUGUUUACCCUUCAAAUUCAAUCCAAAGUUCUUUAGAACCAGAACAUCACCAGCAUCAACCGUCAUUACCCUUGAACAACCAGCAAUUUAGUGGCUUGCACUUCAACAACUCAGCCCGGAAUGAAUCUACCUUUAUCAAUUCAUCACUGCCUGCACAAUUUGUUCAUCCUACGCUGGAAGAGGAACAACCCAGUUGCCCGAAGACCAGCUGUGAAGAUGUAGGAGACUUGGGUUCCCCGGCGAAGAAUAUUGGCGUUGGACCUGUGUUUAAAAGGCCUCGAUUCGAAACACCAUCACCGUUACCCACAUUCAAGGUGCGAAAAGAGAAGCUAGGGGACCGAGUGACCGCGCUCCAGCAACUAGUUUCGCCUUUUGGAAAGACAGACACGGCAUCAGUUCUCCAUGAAGCCGUCGAGUAUAUCAAAUUUUUACACGAUCAAGUCAGUGUUUUGUGUUCUCCAUACAUGGGAAAUGAAGCGCCAAUUGAGGCUCCAGGAAAACGAAAAGACGAUCAGCUAGGGCUUUCUAAACUAGACCUGAGAAGCAGAGGCCUAUGUCUGGUGCCGAUUUCCAGCACAUUCCCGGUCGCAACCAGUAUGAUGCCGCAAUUUUGGGCGCCGACCCUCGAGCGAAAUCCCACUUAGAGAAGGAUGACUCGGCCAGGAAAAAUAAAGGAAUCGUGAACACUGAGACAAUUGACUACAGCAGCCGAUCACUUCUUUCAACAGGCAUUACUUUGGAGGACACAUUGACUUCAGUUCAGUUCAGAAAGGAGUAAAGGAAGACACAAAAGCCGGGAGACCUCUCUAGCUUGGCUGUCAUGAGGGGGGAAAGGAAAGGAAAAGCAAAGCAAAAGGAAUAGGAGAGACAAGGGUUGGGCCAUCUACUGAGAAGAUAAGGGUGACUAGGUUUGGAACCGGGAAUAUAAGUUGCUUUUUCAGGUGGAACUGUUGGCAUUAGUUUCUUAAUUUUUGAAACAUACAUAUGUACACACACAUAUAUAUACGUAUAUUGCUAUACAUUAGGAACUGGGAUUGAAUAAUAGGGCUAUACAUUCGUGACUUGUUUAAAUGUAAAUU